UAGUCAACUUCGGCAACGUCAAAAAACUAACAGCUUUUUCCUUUUACGAUGCGGGUGUAUAGUAUACUUUCACUCUUUUUGGCUCUUAAUUGAGUUUAACCAAAUUUUGAGAUCCACUUCUUGGUAGUCCGAGGACAGCUGCCGGCGAGAAGUAAAGUAUCCGAUCUGUGCUCCAAGAGGUAAGCAAGUAUCGAUCUCUUACUUUCAUAAGCCCCCGCUUCCCAUCUGUUAGAGUACAUGAUAUAGCUUCUGCUGGCAUUUUUCAAUAUUUGCCUGGCGAUUUCGGAUAUCUGCUGCAAUUAUCUGCUUGGAUUCAGUUAAGAACUACUUCGGCCUGAGUAUAUGAUGGAGAUCUGCGAAUUUGUGGAGAGAAUCGUCUAGAUCUAUGCAGUUUUCUUCUGCGUCUAUGCUUCUUUUGAGGUGUUGCCCGAUGCAAGUCAUAUGUGAAGUUAUGAACUCCUGUUCGAUCAUUGUUCAGCUUGAUCAACUUUAUUCAGAAGAAUUUAUUAUUUGCUAUUUUUGAGAGAUCACAGCAAUUUCUUUCAUCUCCAUACUUUUUGGUGGAUACAAAUAUUCUUGUUUUGGUUCCUUUAGUUUGAUUGGGUUGGUUCAGAGCUCUAGAUGUCUUUCCGCUCUAUCAUUCGGGAUGUAAGAGAUAGUUUUGGGAGUUUAUCUAGACGUGGCUUUGAAGUGAGGCUUAUGAGCCAUAACAAAGGAAAAUCUCAGAGCUCGGUCCAUGAAUUGCAUGAACCUCUAGUGAUCCAGCCAAGUUGCUGGGCUAACCUUCCUCCUGAACUUCUCUGUGAUGUUAUUAAAAGGUUAGAGGCAAGUGAAAGCGCGUGGCCUUCACGUAAGCAUGUAGUUGCAUGUGCUGCAGUCUGCAGACCAUGGAGAGAAUUGUGCAAAGAAAUAGUUAGAAGUCCAGAGGUCUCAGGAAAGCUCACCUUCCCUGUUUCCUUGAAGCAGCCUGGUCCUCGAGACGGGAUGAUCCAAUGCUUCAUUAAAAGGGAUAAAUCAAAGUCAACCUACCAUCUUUAUCUUUGCCUUAGCCCUGCUGUUCUUGUUGAGAAUGGAAAAUUCCUUCUAUCUGCAAAAAGGGUCCGUCACGCAACCUGCACCGAGUAUAUCAUUUCCAUGGAUGCAGAAAAUAUCUCUAGAUCAAGCAAUGCUUACAUAGGGAAACUUAGGUCAAAUUUCCUUGGUACAAAGUUCCUUGUAUAUGAUGUGCAGCCGCCCUACAAUGGGGCCUCGCUAGGUCCUCGAGGAAGAACAAGUAGAAGGUUUUACUCCAAGAAAGUUUCUCCCAAGGUUCCUACUGGCAGCUAUAAAAUUGCCCAAGUAGCAUACGAACUGAAUGUCCUAGGCACUCGUGGCCCACGUCGAAUGCAAUGUGUUAUGCACUGCAUCCCUUCCUCAGCCCUCGAUGCUACUCUUUCUCGCUCUCUUGAUGAGUCAUUCAGUAGCAGAACCUUUUUGAGGUCCUCCAUGGACCACUCCAUGAAUUUCAACAGUUCUCGAUUCUCUGAUUUCAGUGGAGUUGGAUUUGCCGAGAAUGGUUAUGAGGAGGAGGUAAAAGAGAGGCCCUUGGUGCUUCGAAACAAGGCUCCAAGGUGGCACGAGCAGCUACAAUGCUGGUGCCUUAACUUCCGAGGCCGUGUGACUGUUGCCUCUGUGAAGAACUUUCAGCUCAUCGCUGCCAACCAGCCAGCGGCCGGAGCUCCGACACCGUCGCAGCCCGCACCGUCUGAGCAUGACAAGAUCAUCCUGCAGUUUGGAAAGGUUGCGAAAGAUAUGUUCACAAUGGAUUAUCGAUACCCGCUAUCAGCAUUUCAGUCUUUUGCAAUUUGCAUGAGUAGCUUUGACACGAAGUUAGCUUGUGAAUAAAUACAACGAGGAUGAUGAUUUAGAAGCAAGGAUAGAUAAAUGCACACUGAUAUUGCUGCUGUUGCUACUGUCGUUGUCCGUUUUUAUCUGCUUAAUGCUAAACUGCAACUAUUUCUGGGCUGUAAUCUCCACUGGUUUCUCUUUUUUUGUGAUUUUGAAUGGAGAUUAGCACCAUUUUAUUUGAUUUAUAUACUUAUUGUUUUGUUUUGUUUAUUUUUCUUUUUAAUUCAAACAUAUAUUCGUAAUACUUAGUUUUGAACAUGACCCUGUGAUUAUAGAUAUAGACCAGCCACCAAAGCUAAAUUGGGUGUAAUAUUCUAUAUU